UUUUAUUUGAACUAUCAACUAAAUGUCAAAAACCUUCACUCCAAAUCCUUUGGUAUGCACUCCCAACUCUCUGAAACGAAUCCAGAGCUUACAGAUUUCGUGUAGAGAAGUAUUUUUAUAAGAUCAGUGCAAUCUGGAACUGUCCUCAUAAAAUUUAUACUCCAACGCUUCAAAGCUUGUGCCCAAAAUUACAUUACAGUAUUCUGUAACAUGGAGUCCAAGCCUUUUCUUCUCUCAUCCAAAGCCCCAGAAUUUCAGCUUCCAGAGCCAUUGACCGGUAAAGUCUGGAAGUUGGAUGAUUUUCAAGGCCAUCCGGCACUGCUGGUUAUGUUUAUCUGUAACCACUGUCCUUUUGUUGUACACUUGAAGAAAGACAUUGUCAAACUUGCAAAUGACUACAUGUCUAGACGUGACAAUCUUGAUACGGUACAGAAGGGGCUUGCUGUUGUGGCAAUAUCUUCUAAUUCUACUGUCACUCACCCUGAGGAUGGCCCAGAUUUUAUGGCUGAAGAAGCUAAGAAAUUUGGUUAUCAGUUUCCAUAUCUUUAUGAUGAGACACAAGAAGUUGCGAGGGCAUUUGGAGCUGUUUGUACUCCUGAGUUUUUCCUUUUCAAAAAGGAUGGAAACCAACAAUUUGAGCUUGCCUACCAUGGGCGGUUUGAUGAAUCGCGACCCAGAAAUGACAAGCCUGUUACAGGAAGUGACAUAAGGCAGGCAAUAGACUGUGUCUUGAAUGGUCAGCCAGUCAAUUCUGCUCAAAAACCAAGUGUUGGAUGCAGCAUUAAGUGGCACCCCAGCCAAAAUGUAUAAUUAUUCUAGGCCCGUAUUUGAUGGUGUAAACAUAUUCUAUAUGGAAUGAGAGUAAUACUCACUCCUAUUACUAGUCUUUAUGGGAUAUAUUUGAUGUAGAGAGAUAAUUUAUGUGUUUGUUGAACUGAGAGUAAUACCCACUCCUAUUACUAGUCUUUAAUAUAUAUGUAGAGAGAUAAUUUAUGUGUUUGUUGAACUGAGAGCAAUACUCACUCCUAUUAGUAGUCUUUAUGGGAUAUAUUUGAUGUAGAGAGAUAAUUUAUGUGUUUGUUGAACUGUUCA